AUUUAUAAAUUAAUUUAAUUAUCGGCGGUCACUAAAAAUCAGUUGACGCCGGUGGCACCGUUCAGUUGACACCUUGGGAUAUACCUCGAGAUUGUUUAACGAUGGCGCCCUCUGGAUUGAUUCGCGCUUCGCGCCAGUUACACAAUGGAAAGCAUCUAUUUAUAGGAAACUAUCGUGAUUUCAGUCUUUGGGAGUUCGUGGCACCACCACGUUUGCAGAGCGUUGUUGUACCGGUUGAAAAGGAAAUUGGUCUUCGCAGCCAAAAGUCACCAGAGUGUGGCUCAGUGUUCAAACAUAUGAAGGACCCACUUGCACAUUUGAACUUCGAUACUCCAUCAGUGCCAUUGGUAACUAUUGAUGACCUAACUCCAGAAGGUAAAUACCUUCGUGGUAGUGGUAUUCACGGACCUGAACGCACGGAUGUCACCAGACUUGUUCUUUACAACCGCCUGAAGGCACGCCAGCUGCAACGUAUAGUACCAAGUCAACACGAGGCUGAAGAGGACCACAAGCUUGUUUGGUGUUCUGUAUGGUUCACUUUAUCAUCUACGAUCGCAUUACACUACAUGUACAAAUACGGUUUGGACUAUAGUACUGUCCACGAGCAUUACCCAUGGACUCCACCACGCACUGACGGUACUCGUGGUCCCGGACCUAUGUACUGGCUAUUCUACUGAAUAUGUAACUAUAUCUUUAAAAUGUAUUAU